UUUAGUAUAGCACUGCCUCCUCUCCAUAUCUGCUCAGAGAUCCCAAUAUUAGGAUUUGAAUCUUCUUCAUUUGCUACCCGUUUUGCCUCUGCGGUAGGCUUCUAGUCUUAUUCUCUUGCCUACUUACGCCAACUGCAUGUGGUGCUUAAAAAGAUGCCUGUCCAGGCUUUGGCGUGUUUGAAGAUAUGGUCCAGAAGCAGAUGGGUUCCCAGUCCAUAUCAUCACUGCUUGGGUUCUUCUUGGUCGUACCCCCGGCAGCCGCCCCAGUCUUAUUUGCUUCGAGUCCGUGUCCUUUCCAAUCAUUUCGCGGCGAACUUGUCAUUCAGCGCGUGAUAGAGCAGGUAUAUACGGUCCUUGUUAAUCUAAUUGAGGUAGUUGAUCAAGGUCUUGUGCCACACAUGGCCUCAAUCCACUGGUUUAUUUUCUCUGCCUCACCGUCGGGGAGUCAUCCAAGCCUGGCCGCUAUCGAUUACGAUCAACCGUUGGACCUUCGCCAGGAUGAUGUUUAGCCAUCCCGAGACUCGGUUCUUCUUAACCAUAAAAGAUGGU